GCGAUGCACUUACGAUGACAUCGUUUUGUGAUUUGAGCACUCGAGCAUCAACGCACGUGUGAAAAUUGGACUCGUCUUUCACGAGCACGAUUGCGCAUUACUACAGGAAGAAAAUCGUGAUAAAGAGAAAUUCGAGAAAAACACAUCUCGAAGUUAGCUAUCUCGAAAAAAAAAAAAAAAAUAAAAUAAAAUAACAAUUCCCAUACAUAUUGCGUACAAAGAAAAUCAGAGGGACAAUUAUUAUUUAUCCAUGUAAGAGUAUGACAGUUCUUAUCAAAGCAUUCGGACAUUGAUAGGAUUGUCGAUUCAUUCAAAUAUUCCACGAGAAAAAUAUCAUAUAGGAAGAUAUUCCUGUAAAAGAGAUCAUCGCGCAGCGUUAUCGAAGACUUGUCUGAAAAGAAUAUUCGAUCGAGAAAUUUGCACGCGUGGUAGCGAUCGCGGGGAUUUUUUAUCACUGGAAAAACGAUAAUCGACCGACAGUCGACGAUUGUCGCCGCGGGGCAAAUGGCAAACCUUAUCGGAUUCGACAUGUGAUAUAUCGCGCGGCGACGAACGAGUGGCGCGAUUGGCUACGAGAGAAUGACGGUGAUGUGUACGUCGUUUACGGAUGUUGUUCAGUGCCGGGAUGCUGUAGUGAGUAACUGUCAGUAAAAGCGACGCGAGUGCGGCACAACGAGAUCGGUUUCGUUGUCAUCGUCGUCGUCGUUAUUCGCCGGAGAGAGUGAGAACAGAGACGGCCGACAUCGCUCGGAGAAACAUCCAGCAUGAAGGAUCAUCGAGGAGGAUGGCUGCGCGCCGUACUACUGAUAACGUUCCUCUCGCAUCAGAUGGCAGAAUGCGCGGCCAAGAACGGGAGAGCGGUGGUGGAGCACCAUCCGUCCUCUUACUGGGAGCAACCCUUUAGUCAGCCUUACUUCGACAACACAACAAAGAGGGAGACCACAACCACCGUCGGGCAAUCCGCUUACCUGCACUGUAGGGUGCGCAAUCUUGGCGAUCGCGCGGUUUCAUGGAUCAGGCAACGGGAUUUACAUAUCCUUACUGUCGGCAUUCUAACGUACACAAACGACCAACGUUUUCAAUCGCUGCAUAGCGAUGGCAGCGACGAGUGGACUCUGAAGAUCAGUUCGCCGCAAGUACGAGAUAGCGGGAUCUAUGAGUGUCAAGUCUCGACGGAACCCAAGAUUAGUCAAGCUUUUAACUUGAGCGUAGUAGUCUCGAAGGCAAAGAUCAACGGCAAUUCAGAGCUCUUCAUCAAAAGCGGGAGCGACAUCAAUCUGACCUGCAUCGUGCUGCAAACGCCGGAACCACCAUCCUUCAUCUAUUGGUACAAGGGCGACAGUGUGAUAAACUACAGUCAACGCGGGGGCAUUAGUGUUGUGACCGAGAAACAGACGCGAACGUCACGUCUUUUGAUCAGCAAAGCGCUGCCAACCGAUUCCGGCAAUUACACCUGUGCACCAUCCACAGCCGAAUCAGCCAGCGUCCUCGUCCACGUGCUUAAUGGUGGGGGAGCAUCCGGCGGCCAUGCAGCACGGGAAUUCUAGCAACAGCGGCGCGGCCACGAGGACGCUCGCGUUACUCCUGUUGCUCCUGCACGCCGGCUCCUUCGCGAGGUGACUGGUCGAUCACGAGGCGCUGCAGUAAGAGAGUACGGCCGAUAGUUUCACCCAGGCGAGAUUGAGGGAACGACUACGAGGAUGGUGCGAGGUUAGUGAGACCCAGAAGGGGAGGGACGCAUCAUCCGCUCGCAAACCAUCACCUGCUGGACUCUAAUAUAAAUCAACUCGAUCUUCUUUCCGUAUAUUGCGAUCGCCGGAGUAGUAAAGUGCGCGAAGGGAGGCGAACGAGAAAGAAGAUGAUGCGCGGGGACUAACGGUAAAUAAACCGCACGUAAAUAAUCUGUCAACUUUGCUUCCGAGUGCACGAGUCCAGCCGGUCCUGUUCGCGGUUUCCUUAAUUAAGCAAUCUCUCCGUGUCCCGUGCAAUCGCGCGGGAUUCGUAUACUUACGCGGUAAGGUACAUGCUGCAACGAUCGUACUCGUCGGACUUUCUAUCGACUGCGAAGCGAUUAUUGAAAACGACAACUCGUGUAAACUCGACGACGAUGGCGAAUUGGUGAAGAUGCGGCGACGAAAGAACUCUUGCGUGAACGAUCCAACUUGUAGAAUAGCGAGUGUUCGAAGGACCAACGAACCGAAUAAUGCGUUUUGACGAGAAACCGAAUGAUUUCUCUUACGUCGAUAUUCGCGACGACGGGAUUAGCAUUUCUUUCCCUCCGCGCGUAGAUUAUAUAUGAAGAUCUAUCGACGAAUGCAGCUGUCGCAGAUUCACAGUGGUAAGAAUCAACGUGUUUUCGUCCGCCCGGUCAGACCGACCGGCGACCCAGAUACGCUUGGCAAAACCACCGCGGGGAAUUCCAUUCAAUUUCUGGUCGCCGGAUGCGGUAUCGCUUCUUCCUCGAGGAGAACAAAUAUUUUGAGGUUCGUCGGACUUACCCGUGCUAGCGAAAACUUCCGGGAUGUAUAUACACGCUGCGUCAUACGAAUAUCUCGUAUGACGCCGGAUGUGCACUCUGACAUGCUGAAACUUUGCGUCGACGACUCUCGGAUGCAAUUUCUUUACAAUCGUUUGCGGAUCAUCUUUUAUAUAUGUUACAAUCUUAUGUCUGUAACAAUAGAAUACUAUUGUCGCUAUUACAAUAUUGAGAUGCUAUAUUGAAAAUUUAUAUUUUAAUUUUGACAAAUAUCGUAUUUUUUUCUAGCUCAAAGUGCACAAUUAUUAUUUUACGCACAUAUUAUAUUUUUAUAAAACAAUUAAUUUCGAUCUAUUACUAGUUAGGGAUAGAAGAAAGUAAAUUAUGCAGAUUUAAAAAAUAUAUUAUAAAUUUAUCGACUGAUAAAUAAAGUUAUCACUCUAGUGCUACAUUUAGAAAAUCGCGACGUUUUUCUCAAAGAGAACCCUCGCGAACCCGAUAAUUCUGAUUUCGAUAAAACUUUACACAUGUAUAGUUAUUGUUUUUUAGCCGCAACUGAAAAUUUCUAAAUUUAUCUCAUUACCGCCCGGUUUGCGAGAUUUCCUUAUCAGAUUUAGCGCUCUUUUCGUUCGCAUGCUCGGAGUUUCGAAUAAAUAUUUCCCUCGAUCGUUUCCACGGUCCAUUACGGGACUGGCAAACGGAAUCGGCUACGACAAUAAACGAUUUUCGCGUUUCACGAGAGACGAAAAACUAACUGAAGUAUAUCUGUAUUAUUCGGUACGGAUCGCGCGAAACUCGUAGCUUGGCUAGGGUGGACGGCCGGCCGCAGUUUCGCCCGGCGUUCCAUUUGCAUCUCAGAACGUGGAAUUUACGAGCCCGGGGGUCGUCGAUCCACGAUGUGGUCACGGGACCGUCCGCGUAUCCGUGUGCGCGUAUGAUAGACCCGAUAAGUUAUAUAACUAAGCUCUCUCUCUCUCUCUCUCCUCUCUCGACAUAUCGUCGUUGGCGAGGGGGAAAUAUCGCCCUGGUCGAUACAGGGUGAGCUGCGGUCUCGAUUAUGCUAAGGCAGCGCGCUUCCGAGCCGCGCGUUUAAUUAUAGAUAUUAGUUUUACGUGUGACUAUUUUCUCUCGUAAUUAAAUCGAAGCUGCUCAAUUUUAUUCUUUUUGAUUUUAUUCUCACACGGUUUUUAUCACUUAUCACAUUUAUAUAUAAUAUGAAUUUUUAAUUACCAUUUAUAUAGAUUAUCACAGUUUAAUUUAUGGCAUCUCAUAUAUAUAUAUAUAUAUAUA